UUUAACCCAAUAUCAGUGGAUCCUUCUCUAUAGAUGUAUUUCAUAGUGACAUUGCAACAGCAGAAGCUUCAAGAUCAAGAUUAGGGUUUCUCCACUUGGGAGUAAAGAAGGAAGAAGGAACAGUCUUUGUGUUUCUGACAAUUCUGGUUUGAGCCCUUUGAGCUGAGAUAUUGAGGGCCGCUACUGUGAUUUUUAAGUUGAUUCAUGGAUGAAAGUGAGGGUGGACAUGGAGAUUACGGCAGAGAUCCCAACGAGCAGUUACACCUGAAAGAUGUGAUCUCUCCCGUCGUUGACGAGGAGGAAGAUGAUUGUGGAGAUCUCUAUAAUGACAUAUAUGUUAGCAAGAACUUUCUUCAGUCGAUGCGGAAUAAGGAGGAUUACUUGGGGCAAAGAAGUGAGCAAGUACCGGAGAACAAGGCGGCGGUUGUUACCGGGCCGGUGCCAGUGGUGGAGAAUAGAAGUAUAGGUUUACAAGAUGGGGGGGCUUCGUUUACGGUUCCUGGUGGAGUUGAGGGAUAUCAGAAUGUGGGAUAUAGGGGAAAUAAUGAUGCGAAUGAGAUUGGUAUUGAUAGCCACAUGGUG